GAUAGAAGUCGACUGAAUUCUACGAAUUGUAAACUGAAAAGUAAACUCAAUUUCUAAAGUUCCUAGACUGGCAAUUAUAAAAAUUCUAAAAAUUAUUUAAAGAUGGCUCAUCCUAACGGGGUAUUUACAUACACGUCGUCCGUCCCUAUCUUGGCUGUGCAAGUGCCGCGGGCCACAGCCACAACGCCAACGGAUGUUCAAGGUGGGGGAAGAGGAGGGACGACGGGCGGCGGCGAGAACGAAAAUUAUGAUGAGCGCAGAAAUUACUUUCGCAUGAAGAAGGCAGAAUCAGAAUUGAAAGAGCUGGCCAUAGAGGCCAAGAGGUUUGAGGUUUCGAAGGCAAGUCUAGCUAUCGAAAAUAUGCGUCAAGGAGCUACAAUUAAAGAGAAGGAGGAGGAGGAUUUAUUUCUACAGGUAUUUUUAAUUAUAUUAUUAUAUAUCGUCCCUCCUCGCUUCUUGAUAGCCACCCAAAUACACACGAUGGCAACGAUCACCGCCGGGGGUUACAACCAGCAGAUCAUCAGCGAGAUCAAGCCACAGCAGAUCACGCUCGCCCAAUACUCGCCCAGCAAUUGGCGCAACAACAGUUGGCGGCACAGCAGCAACAGUUGGUAGCAGCGGCGGCAGCAGCUCAUCAUCAGCAGCAACAGCAGCAGGCAGCCGCCGCCUAUGUCGUCCAGCAGCAGCAACAGCAGCAGCAGCAACAACAACAACAGCAGCAACAAUAUGAUGCCAAUAUUUUCCUUCGUCAUUAUUGCUGUCCUCAUAAGUAGCCAUGAAUUAUUUGGAGAUACUUUUCAGGCACAGGCAGUGUCAGACACUACAUUUCUAAUAAGCUUCUUGGCGACAAGUUUCUGAAGAUUUGACCGGCUCGAAAUAAAUUUUACUUUGUUUCACUAAACUUGAUGUAUUUUGCGUAUGUUUUUUUGUCGUCAUGUGCACUCUUAUUUGGGCAAUUUUACAGUUAAUACUGCAUUUGCAGUAUUUGAAAUAAGCCUUGUUAAUGUCUGAAUUAUGUCGGCUAAUCCAACCUUUAAAAUCGGGCUGCAGUAGCCAACAGUCCCGAAACUUUUGCUUAUACAUUUUUUUUUGCAUUUUUAACUUAAUACAAAUUUUGAAAUUGUGUGCUCAGUACCGAAACAGAGAGUGCAAGUAA